ACGUCUAUGCACAGAAACUUUCUAUGACAACUAACACAUAUGUUUGUAUUAGUUUAAUACGUUAACAGCCUGAAAUACAUAUACGUUUUACAAUGCAGAGAACGGCUCACAUUUCACUAAACCACUGGUCGCGAUUUUUCUCUACGUCGAUAAGUCGGAAAUGUUUGAAAUCCAAAGCAGUCCCCAUUCAGUUGAAUUCAAGAGGUUACAGUGUGCUCCCAACCCCGCGGGAUGAGGAGGAGAAGGCGAUGCUGGACAGAAUUCUGCGUGUGGACCAUGCAGGUGAAUACGGUGCCAACCGUAUAUAUGCUGGCCAGAUGGCAGUGUUGGGAAGGAGUCGAACGGGGCCUCUCAUCCAGGAGAUGUGGGAUCAAGAAAAGAAACACCUUGCAAAAUUCAAUGAAAUCCUGGCUGAGAACCGAGUCCGGCCCACAGCACUGUUGCCCCUCUGGAACAUUGCAGGGUUUUUAUUAGGGGCAUCCACAGCAAUGCUUGGGAAGGAGGGGGCCAUGGCCUGCACUGUGGCUGUAGAGGAAAGUAUCUCAGAGCACUACAACAGCCAGAUUAGAUCUCUGAUGGAAAAGGAUCCAGACAGAUACACUGAACUCCUAAAUAUAAUAAAGGAAUUCCGAGAUGAGGAGCUGGAGCACCAUGAUACAGGAUUGGAGCAUGAUGCUGAAUCUGUUCCUGGAUACUGGCUUUUAAAGAAUGCAAUACAACUUGGCUGCAAAGCUGCAAUAUAUGUUUCUGAGCGUGUCUGAUUAUGUAUAUAUUUCAGCUAGUCUUUGCACAAAUUAUUUUUAAAAUAUCCCAACUUGGUUUGUAUAAAUAAAUUGUGUUACUUGUUUGCUUUGUGUCUAUUUAAAUAGUGCCAUGUCGCUGUUGAAGCACACUGUGACACAACUCGUAUAUUAAAUGUUGAAUGACCACGUUUUGUUGUAUAUCACAUGA